CGACUGGGUAGGAUGCGCGCCGGUAGCAGUGUGUGGACAGACACGGGCCGACCUAGAUCGGGUCCGCUCGAUGCCGCCCGAAGCGCUCGCCGGCGCCCGCCCAGAAUAGACGCAGCACGUGCGUCGGCCGCGACACACGCCCGCGCCCGCUCCCUGCCCGGCUCGCGCUCGGCUCGCGCUCGACUCGCACCCGGCCCGCACCAGCAGCGUCCCGCUCACCGCACACGCUGUCACGCUAGAUAUCUAAAGCCACGCUCUCAUAAGACAACCAUGUAACUCGUGUUGUGAUCCCCCGCGUAAAUGGACGACAAAACUCAAGUCGAAACUCUACGUAAACUAUUAAUAAACUCGUUAACGUGAAAGUAUUUAGUGACUGAAUGUUUACUGUGCUCCGGAAUCGUAGUGGCCUUGCUCGUUAUCUUUUACCGGGAAAGCUUCCUGAUACCGUUUGGUUUGGUUGAUCUUUAUCUGUCAUAGAUUCGUGUUUAGCCUAUUAGCAGCUUAGAGGAAUAUAUUUUGUGAUGUAUCGUGAAGAGCCUUAUUUAUGUAACAAACACUGAAACGAUGUGCCUUAUCCUGUAAUAUUCGCGUAGUUUAACGAAACGGAACGCAAUAAAUAUUUGUAAGCGAGUGUGACUCACCGCCGCAGAUAUGCAAAGUUUCAAGUUCGUGUUAGUAUGUGCAUUACUGUUUGUACCGGAGCCUGCCCCCGCCUGGAAGGCAGACACUGCAUUCAUGCGACAGCAGAAGAUUUGGCGAGAAACUUCAACUAUACCUAUGAUAGAUCUAUUCCUUAUGACUAUUGUUCAGCAAAAUAUUCAAAGUUCUUCUAUGAAGAUGAAAAUGAUGAUCCAGAUCCCGACAGUGAGGACAAACUGCCGAAGUACGUGUUAAACAGCACACACUAUACCAACGUGUCGCUGGAAAAAGAUUCACAUUUCUACAAUAUCAAUGUUAACACGAAUACCAGUUGUGUUCACGUUCCCACUAAUAUUUUUGAUGAAGACUUAGUUCAAGCAACUCCCGAGAAUCUAAAGACUUUAACUGAUACCCUUGAGCCAACGGACGAAGGAAAAACACAUAAAGUUCCCCUAGAGGGCUACGCAAAUUUGACGAUGGCGUAUAUUAAAGCUUUUACAGCACUUAAGGCGAGACGAGACAAGUGCAACGUGAGCAGUACGCAGGGUUGCAACCAGUUGGUGAUGGUGAUCACAGACUAUGUACCGGGGAACCUGACUGAAGUCUUUGAGCAGUACAACCGGGAGGUCAUCGGAGGGAAGACGUUCAUCCCUGUGAGAGUGUUCACUUAUCUCAUCGGGAAAGAAGUUACUAAUGUUCGUGAGAUACAGUGGAUGGCUUGUCUGAAUAGAGGUUACUUCGUGCACAUUCACUCAGUGGAGGAGGUGCAGCAACAAGUGCUGAAGUACAUCAACGUCAUCGCGCGCCCCAUGAUUCUGGAGAACAAGGAGCCGCCUCCCACCUGGACACACGCCAACAUUGACUCCACGCGAACCAGCAAAUGGGGUGUGAGUGGUGAUAUCUCAAAGCCUGAUGAAGACAAACUGGUGACAUCGGUGGCAAUCCCAGCGUUUGACUAUAAGUACAAUGAGGAGAACAACGACGCUCUAUUGCUUGGCGUCGCUGGUACCGAUGUGCCUAUAGACAGCAUCGCCAAACUUGCUAAACCACACCAGCUGGGUGUGAACGGGUAUUCAUUCAUUGUCAGUAACAAUGGCUAUUUGUUGCUGCAUCCACUGCUGACGACUACUAUAAACGGCGAUCUCCAGAAGAACUAUAACAGCGUGGACUUCGUGGAGGUGGAGCAGGUGGACGAUGGGAAGGGAACCCGUGACCUUGGAGAUCAGAUCAAGAAUCUGCGGAACUACCUCGUGGAAGGUGUGGAUGGGAACAUGACGCAAGUGCCUGUACUCUACCAUUAUGAUAACAUGAGGAGAAUAGCUCGAGUGAGCCACGAUUACUUCUUCAACAAACUGGAAGGAACACCAUUUUCCAUGGGGAUUUCAUUGCCAAAGGGAUAUGGUGACACUGAACUUCUGCUCAAGGAGAAUCCUUUGGAGGCGAAGCAAGGAAAGGAACUGACUGGCAUCAACGUCACUGAUUACUUCAGAUAUAGCUUUAGGGUACAUCCAGAUUGGGUAUACUGCAAAUACCACUACUUAGAAGGUCACGAGUCAUCAAACUCUGAGGAGGAGGCGUGGAAGUUCUUAGUUGGACUGUCCAAGAACGAAAUAGAUAUAACCAAGCAACAAUAUCCAGAAAACGAAAAUAAGACGAAAGCUUUCAGCUUAGACACACAUUGCGGCAUGACCCCUUUGGGAAAAGACGACUACUAUUGUAACGAGGACUUGGUGAAGCAGUUGGUGUUUGAUGCAAAGUUAUCAGCUCCAUACUUUGAGAACUGGAUAGCAACUGAUGAGCAAUGGGACCUGGCUCGCAAGUACAAUGUGAGCGUUCGGUUCAUAGCCACGUCGAGUGGUCUGACCAGCGUUUUUGGAGAUGUCUACCACAAUACCAUUGAAGAGACUUGGUACAAGGCAGCAGUGUUACAGCAUAUGAUCAACAAGGAAUCCUUAGUCGUGGCCACACCUCUCCCAGUCCUCGAUGACAUCAUCAAGAACCCGCCGAAAGUCAUUAAUGAAGAUGGAGAUAUAACCCUGACUGCAAGCUAUGCGAUCUUCUAUAAGGACGAAACAUCAGAAACACCAGCAUCUGUUGACCCAACGUGUGAUCCAAAUUCCGACAAAUACGACUGUUACGUCAUCGACAGUUCUGGGUACAUCGUGCUGACUAAGGAUAAGGAGAUCAUUGGCCAGUUCUUCGGGACAGUUCAGAAACAUGUGUUACAGUCAUUCCUUGAGUUGGGAAUAUACGACCAUGUUGAGGUGUUCAACUACCAAGCUCUCUGCCCUCUCUCUGCUUUGAUCAAGAAAAGUAACUCUUGGACCUUGCGUACGCCUUUUAGUUUAGCAUUCAACUUCUUCCACUGGCUGGUGACGGAGGCUCUGCUAUUACUCUCCAACCUGUACAACCCGAGUGACUACGCGCACGCCGCCGUCCUCGACGACCAUGACUAUAUCGAUCUAAUCAACCACGGGUACACAGAGGCGCCCACGACAACCGCAGCGCCAAUGCCGGAGAAUGAAACAAUCACACAAAAAGAUGACAAAGACGAGAGCCCUUUCUCCUGCGACCAUAGUAUCACACUUUUUAUACUGAAUCAGAAAUAUUUCUUGGAUGCCGCGGGAGCUUCACCCGUCGUUCAGAAGGACGAGGCAGGAGACUGUUGGCCGGCGUACUGGGCUGCGUAUGUGCCUAAAACGAAUUUGCUCCUCGUGGUUGUUGAGAAGCAGGAUGAUUUCGCCGCGAACUGUACGGAGCCGCCCGACACGAAGCCGCAGCCGACGCUCAUGUCCACCACCAGCCGGGAGCCCUGCCACAAGCUGGAGCUCGGAGCUCUGCACAGGCGACGACUAGAAGGCUGCUACACUUAUCAUGAUGGGAGUUUCAAAUCUGCUCAAGUCGAAUCGAGAGAUGGGGAAAAAUUAGUUCAGAGUAUGUCAGACGAUAUUCGCGCCAUGAUGGAACUGAAAAUUAGCGCUGUCAAGAGGAUAGUAGACGCUGCACAAAAUAUGGCUUUUGACAAACAAAACGAACCGGUACCUGAGGACUUUCAAUUCUACAAUAGUAAGGAGAUGGAGGAGCCGUGGGAUGAAGUGUCGAUCACCACCACACCAGAAACAGACUUCGGUCAAGAAAGCUGGAUAGUACGGCCUCCAUCUAAGAACGCGCACACGCAGCAAAACCCACACUUUUCUAACAUUCCAGUAAAUACUAAUUUUAGCAGUGUACACGUUCCAACAAAUGUUUAUGCUUGGGCUUUGAAAUGGAGGGCGGACCCUGUAGACAUUUAUGAUUGUCGGACCCGAGCGUGGUACAUGGAAGCGGCUGCGAGUCCAAAGGAUGUGAUCAUUUUAGUAGACCGCAGCGGGUCAAUGACCGGCCAACGACGGGAUAUCGCGAAACACGUUGUUACCAACAUACUUGACACCCUCGGUAACAAUGAUUUUGUCAACGUGAUGACAUUCGCUGAUACUGUGGAGGAAAUCGUACCGUGUUUUGAGGAUUCUCUUGUACAAGCAAUAAUGCUGGUUACAGACGGCGUACCUUACAAUUAUAAGGAAAUAUUCGAGAAGUUCAAUUGGAAAUAUGAUACCCCAGUGAGAGUGUUUACGUACCUGAUAGGGCGUGAGGUGGCAGAUGUGAGAGAGGUGAAGUGGAUGGCGUGUGCCAACCGUGGGUUCUACGUGCACCUGAGCACUCUGGCAGAGGUGCGCGAGCGCGUGCUCGAACAUGUGAACGUGCUCGCGCGCCCUCUCGUGCUACAGAGAGCGAAACACCCCGUCGUCUGGACUCCUGUCUACGCCAACGUCACUGAUCCAAAAGUAGCCGAUUACUUGUGGGAGCAACGCGAGCGAGCUGAACAAAAGGAACGCUUCAUGAGCCAGCGACGAGAUAAAAACCUCUUCAAUUCGGACAAGGAACAGGAUAGACGAUGGAGAAUUACUCAGAUGAAACAAGGCCAGUACAGUGAACUUGGAAAUUCUCAGUAUCAGUUAAUGACGUCAGUAUCCAUGCCUGUGUACGACCUGCGGCACAAUGAGAUCGGUGUCAAUGGUUAUGCUUUCAUAGUGACUAACAACGGAUACAUAUUGAUACAUCCUGACCUGAGGCCCGUUUUCCAACAAAUCUUGAAACCUAGUUACAAUAGUGUCGACAUGAUCGAAGUUGAACUAUUCGAUGAUGACCGUGGGCCCAGGAACUUUAGCAAGGAACUCACCGCCUUACGUAAAGAGAUAAUAGACCAGAAGACUGGCAACAAGGUGAUGAGCGUGAAGUACCAUCUCGACGACAUGAAACGAGUAUCUCGAGCAAAAAGACAUUACUUCUGGACUGGGAUCAGCGAUUCUCCGUUCACGUUAGUUGUCGCCAUUCCAGAGAACUAUGGACGACAUCGUAUCACGCCUCCGCCCACAGACGAUAUACACAGACUUUCACUAACCUCCAAGAAUAUUUCUGCGAGGCAAUAUCUGUCAGACAAGUGGAGCGUCCAUCCUGAUUGGUUGUAUUGUCGGCAUUACGAGCGCACAUUUGCGAAUGCUGAAGAAGAAUUGCUUUACUUCUUGGAACGAGUAGCUAAGCCAGGAUGGCGCUGGCCAGCCAAGCCUCGGCCUCCAGAACACCACAAGAACAAAACUGGACACGAGCGGCACAACAACGGCGAUCAUGGCUUAAUGCAAGCUUUGGUGUAUGAUGCCCGAAAUACAGCCUGGUUCAACAAGAGCAUUUCCGAAUCCGCAUCAGAUGAAAAGGCGGUGGAGUUCAUUCAACGAUUUGGAUACAUCGUGGCUUUCCUGUCGACACAUAGUGGCCUCACUCGAUGGCAGACACAUCCGCCUAAGGAACAUGAUAAUGACAAGCCAGAAUUUGGAAAGCAGUGGCCACGAGCGAUCGAGGAAGUAUGGUACCGGCGAGCCGUGGAACAGCACUACGUGGAUCCCCUCAGUUACGUGUACAGCGUUGACCUGAGCACUGACAAGUUUCCUCUCAACGUCAGCUUGGCUAUGGUCACUGCAUCGCAUGCGGUAUUCCAUGGAGACGGACAUAGGAAGGCUCCAGCCGCUGUCGUUGGCUUCCAGUUCAAACACGAGCGACUCAGCGAAUGGUUCGAUAAUAUUACGUCUUCGUGUGAACACAACAAGGAGUGCACAACCUGUCAGUCUGAUAACUGGGAUUGUUACUUGGUAGACAACAAUGGCUGGAUAGUUGUGAGCGAAGACUCGACUCAGACUGGACAAUUCUUUGGAAGGAUCCGACCAGACAUUAUGGCGCGAUUGGUGGAAGACGAAGUUUACAAGGCGGUACACAUCGUAGACUAUCAAGCAGUCUGCUUCAGAGAGAAGAAAACCACGAACCCAGCUACAAUGCUUUUUACCCCACUCGAAAACUUGCGGCUCGUGAUGGCUUGGUUUAUAGCCACCACGGUCUGGUUCUACAACUGCAUCACCACAGGUUUGGCACAAGCAUCCAGCUACUCCUUGGACGAUGAGAAUGUUACACCCACUGCGUAUCAGAGCUACGAGAACGAUGAAGAGACUGACGAUCCGAGUAUGUCUAAACCUCCGAACAUGCGAGUGUUGGAGAGAGACUAUGAGAAGCUGGUGUUGAUAAACCGAACCAGGCCAACUCCUUGUGACAGGGAGAUGUAUCUGUACCAACUGACGGACUACAGCAACCUCGACGCGAAGCUGAACGUGCCAGUGGAUGACAAAUGCCACCGGCCCUUCUACGCACAGCAUGUCAACUACACCAACAUGCUAAUGAUUGUCGUAGACGCAAACUGUCCGAAACUAGAAGUGGCCGCCAUGUCAGUAGACGCGACCGAGGUGAACUACAACGAGUCGCUGCCCUGCUUGAAGCAUAUGCAUCCUUUGUACAGGAAGCAACCUACUUCGUGUAUACGGAAUCAUACUGAGGAGAGCAAUAUCGACAUGUGCGGACGCGGCAGUUUACCGGGCAAUAGCAAGACAUGGGUCACGUUGAGUCUAUUUUUAAUACUUCGAUAUCUGGCGUAGAUUUUGGAAUGUCCUAUAAG